AUGUCAGCUAUUCUGUACAAUACAAACUCGAGCCUUAUACCAAAGUUUCAAAAGUAUAGACAGCAUCGAGAAUUGCCUGGUGUUGCAAAAUUGGGGUCUCAACAAGGUACGGCUAAUAAUGGUUCAGAUCUUGACCUGCCCUUCGAAAGUGCUCAUGAAAAGAAUUCAGACGCUUAUUUGCAAGACUUGUGUAGUUCAGUGUACCCACAAUUACUACAUCAAAGGGUUUGUAAGCUGAGUCCAGCUGUUGACCUACCUGUUCAUGCGUUUAUGUGCCUUAUAUGGAAGAACUUUGUAACAUCGUGGUACGGCGUCAAGAUACCAACUUCUGAUGAUAAGUUUAUGGUACAAUUGUUUGAGUUAGUCGAAGAGAUUGUUUCGCGGAUGAAGAAGGUUGAUUUUCGUUACGAAUCGUUCUUGACUGACGAUUUGCCGCUAUUGUUGUCGCAACACAUCCGAACAAUGAGGAUAUGUCUUCGAGAAGAUGACGUUUUUAGACGUUACUGCCAGUUGACUUCAUAUGAGGAGGGAUACUAUCCCCAAACAGUGACUAAUUACAUUUUAUCAUCGGUACGAUGUGAAUCCACGCUACAAACAAGUUUCCUUCAAGCUCUCUUUAACAAUUUAUUACUGGGAAAAGUGCUAGAUAAGAUUACUGAACCCUACUUCGUUGUUGCCGCUAUUGACAAGAUAUGUGAGGUACGAGGAACUCGCCCGGCGAAAAAUGGGUUCAAACAGUGGUCAUUCCAGGACUUUAAAAGCUCAAUUGCCAAGGUCGGUAAGACAAUUGCUCUUAUGACUUCCAUGAACAAGGACUCGAAAACGAAACUUUCACGACCAUUCCCAUACAUAGGAGCCUUCUCGCUGUUUGUGGAUGUACUUAAGCUUCCCGAAAGAAAGCCUUUUUUGUAUGCAUUUGGUAAAACUGUCCAAUAUUGGUCUGCCAAGUCCAAGUCCCUCAAUGCCAUAAUGCAAAACCUUUUCUUCAACAUACUUUCACGUUUCUUCAAGAAAAAUGACACCAGAACUUUGUUUGUAUCACUGAGGUCCAUGUUAUUCCCCAAUGAUAACAAAUUAGGACCUGGUAAAGAAAUCCCAGUUGGUGGAGAGUUCAAAAAAUUUGUUGAUGCAAGUAUCGAAAAACAAUGGCAGUCUAUUCGGUCGCGCUGGGUUAACCAAGUGCUUGGUAUUGAUCGUUCAGGAAUCCAGGAGCUAAAUGAGGUAAUAACCAAGGACAAGCGAUGUAAUAGGCUGCUGGUUAUCAGGAUACUAGAUUGUCUCUUGGCUCAAACAAGCACAAAGGGUGCCUAA